AUGUCCCGGAGUCGCCACGGCGCCCACAGCACCAGGAAGCUGAGGGCAGCCUUCGCGGAGUACGCAGUCCUGCAGGGAGACAGCCAGCCGGACACAGACAACCCUGUGGACGCACACGGAGCACCCGCAGCCUCAGCCCUCCGGUCCCGGGUCCGAGUCUCUGGGCCUCAGCCUCUGGCCGAGCGGAUCCGCCCGGAGCAGAGGCUCAUGGCUGGGCUGGCCGUGUGCGCACAGACCGCACUGGCGUGUGCGGCCGUGCUUCCCGCCGUGCCUUCGGGAGGCCGCACGCGUAAGCAGAGGGCGCGGCCGGAGCGACAGGUGGCCGGCACCACCAACCGCUGGCGCCUGUCGGCCAAGCCCUUCACGCGGGACCUGCUGGCGCUGUCCCAGAUGUGCAAGGCCAUGUGCCUGGACGUGGACAACACGCUGCCCGCCCCGGACAGGUUGUGCAUCCCCCAGAUCCAGAAGAAAUGCUCCGGGGCGCUGAAGAAGGCUCUGCCGAGCGGGGACGGAGUGGGUGACCUCGAGUGCCUGGGCUUCCAGUGGGAGCUGCACCUGCCCCAGCUCUUCCAGUCCCAGACGCUGACCAAGCUCUACGUCUCGGCCCUGAGCCGGGCCCCCGCCGGCCGCCCGCGGGACCUGGAGCGGGUCCUGACAGGGCCGCCGGCCGAGAAGGCCCCAGAGCAAUCCCGCGUGAAGAGGCUCACCAUCGCCCUGAGGAUCAACGACCCGCUGGUCACCAAGCUGGCCUUCGCCAUGGCGCUGAAGAACCUGUACACAAGCCAGGUGGAGCUGGGCCUGGACGAGGUGCUGGGGGUGCUGGCCUCCGCGCACGCCCUCCAGUUCAGCAGCCUGUUCCAGAGGUGCGUGACCAUCAUGGUGCACGGGCUCUCGCCCAGCAACGUGGCCAGCUUCUACAUGGCCGGCUGCAAGUACAAGGAGCAGCCGCUGAGCACCGCCUGCGAGAAGUGGAUGGAAAUGAACCUGGUGGCCGAGGUGGGGCGGCAGAUCCACCUGCAGAAGAUCCCCAGGGAGCUGCUGCUCACCGUGCUGCGGUCACCCAGCCUGUUUGUGUUCAGUGAGUUCCACCUGCUGAAGACGCUGCUGCUGUGGGUGUACCUGCAGGUGAACCCGCGGCUGCUGGCCUUCCCCACGCUCGAGGCCGUGCUGGCCUUCUUCAGCAGCUCCCCCAAGAAGCCCUGCUUCCUGGACCAGGAUGUGGAGUGCGGCUUCGCAGAGAUCUUCCUCUGCCUGCGCCUGCACGGCAUCAUCCGAGGCCAGGACCUGGACGUGCUGAGGCACCUGAACUUCUUCCCCGAGUCCUGGCUGAUCCGGGUCACCGCCAACCACUACCACGCAAUGGAGAGUGGGGGCGACAUGGCUUUCGCGAAAGAUCUCACCCGCCAGGCGGUGAGGUUCGGGCUGCUGUUCUACAAGGAGUUCACGACCUAUUCGGAGAUGAUCGCCAUCUACGGCUUCUUCUUCGCCAUGCGGGGCAUCCGCAACAACAGCACCUCCUACAGCUUCUACAUGCAGAGGAUCCGGCCGGCGGACGUGGGGUUCCCCUCCGAGGUCUGCGAGCAUGGCCUGGUCAGCCUGCGGCCCGAGCGCCUGGUCCAGUACGAGAUCCGGGCGCGGGCGCUGGUGGGCGACCGCUGGCAGCAGUUCGGGACCCGGCCCGUCCUGCAGAAGUUCCGCCUCGUCAGGCCCCACUGCAGGAGCCAGGUCUUGCAAAUCCAGACUACGGGCAGCCCGAUCUACGUGAGCUUUUCCUUCAUCUUCCCGGCAUCCUGACGCUCCGAGGCGCCUGUGACUCCGCUCUCCCUCCGCUCUGCACAGAGGAAAUAAAGACGCUGAAGGGACCCAGUAUCGGCCACGUUCCUGGGAGCCGUGGUUUCUGCUCUUGGCUAAGCGGCGUGUGGCCGUGUGAGUGACAGGAAUGUGUGGCUCCCAGGCCUGGGGUCUGGGGUCUCAGGUCAGACGCUGGCAGACGGGGCGUGGCUUCUGGGAGUCCCCUCCGCCCACGCACAGCCAGCUCCCCCCUGGUCCUCCUGGGGCCGGCCAGCCGGGUGGGCCAGGCCAAGGCCCCUUGAGAAGGGCGCUAACCCCAUUUGUGAGGGCCCCACCCGGGUGAGCGCCACCCCUCCCAAUGGCCCAACCCCGCUGCCAUCCCUUUUGGGGUUGGGUUUCUCCAUGUGGGAUGGCGGGGGGGUGGGGCACGAUCAGACCAUAGCACCCCGUUUGGUGUCUGAGGGUGGGAAGCAGUGGAGACCUGAGUCCAUUUGCCAUCACCGGCCCCUAAGGCCCCGGGGGCCCAGGCUGACCUUGCAUUCUGGGGUUCUUGGAUGGGGUCCCGGCAGAAACACCCCCUCCCGCUGGGGGCGUCCCCCACCCCCGGCUGUGGUCCCGGCAGCUUGGGCUCACAGAAGCCAGAGGCGGGAAGGGGGGAGCAGCUAUAGGUGCAGAGUGACUGACGUGCUGACCAUUCUGCCACUUUAUUUCUAAACUUGUUUUUAAAUAUUUAAUUGAACUCAGAGAGGCAGGGAGAGGGAGAGAGAGGAAUAUCAGUGAUGAG